CUAUAUAUAGAUUAUUAGUGCAAUCGCAUUGCACUGCUAUCUGACAAUGUCCAUGUGGUCACGUCAAAAUUCUCUAGAUACAACAAUCUGUUACCAUUUGGAUUUUCAUAUAUGUCGUUUUAUGGGCCUAGGUAAUCGUAGAACUAAUUGGCGGUUUAGAAAAAUAGGAAAAUAAUGCCGAAGAACAAGAAAAAGCGUGGGUUGAAAGUUGCCGAUAAGAGUCGGCAAGGUUCACGACCUCCAACUGAUGAUGAGUGUGAUACUGGCGACAACUGGAGCACAGCCAGUGUGCUGUCCGAGGAUGCCAACAGCCUACCUGAUUCAGGUGGAGAUGUCGAGACAGAGGACUCCAAUACCCAGGAAGACUUUGAGGACAAACUCAAAGAGUGUAUAGAAGGCACCCUGUCUAAGAGUGCUGUGACUAGAAAGAAUUGUUUGGAGGGAAUUCAGAAAUCCUUCAGCAAGAAGUACAUCCUGGAGUUCCUCGCAGACAGGAAGGUGACUGUUGCUGAUUGUCUGACUAAGUGUCUACGUAAGGGAAAGGGAGACGAGCAGGCCCUGGCUGCCUCAUGUAUAGCACUCCUCAUCACACAACUUGGGGAAGAGGCAGAGGCGUUGUUUGUAGAGUUACGUCCCUUCAUGCUCACCGUCAUGGCUGACAAGUCAGCGUCUGUGAAAGCAAGGGGAAAGUGUGCCAAUGCCUUGGCUAUAUGCAACUUCCUGGCAGGGGAAGACCUUGAGCAUGUUCGAACUGUGAUGACAGCCCUAGAGGACGUCUUUAGAGCCUCUUAUGUGAAGGGAGACAACUCCUCCCCUUCUCACUCGCCUGAGGUGUGCGCGAUGCAUUCCAAGGCACUCUCAGGGUGGUGUCUUCUCCUGUCCAUUGCACCAUCCUUCCUUGUAGAAGAGAUGGUUUCCAGUCACCUUGACCGCAUGACAGGACUCUUGCGGAGCUCUGACGUGGACCUGCGAAUCACAGCUGGGGAGGCCAUAGCGCUCAUGUAUGAACUGAGUCGAGAGGGGGAUGAGGACUUUGAAGGACCCAAAAUGCUGGAAUUAUGCGAGUUAUUGAAACAGCUGGCAACAGAUUCAAAUAAAUUCCGUGCCAAGAAGGAUCGCCGUCAACAACGAUCUAGUUUCCGUGAUAUCCUGCGUACAAUUGAGGAGUGGGAUGCCCCCGACAUGUCCAUCAAGUUUGGAGUUGAAGGACUACAUCUGGACACGUGGGUCAGGAAGAAGCAGUACGACACCUUCUGUGACCUCCUGGGGUCAGGGAUCUACCAACACCUCCAGGAGAAUACAUUAAUCAGAGAGAUCUUUGGCCUGGGAGCACCGAGGCCCAUUGGAGCAAAACCACCCCAAAAACUGACCAAGUUUGAAAGGAAUAUGUACAAUGCAGCUGCAUUCAAGGCUAGGACCAAACUUCGUCAGAAGCAUCGGGACAAGCGGUCUGUCAGUGUCAACGGUGUUUGAUGACACUGUUUUCUAGGUUUUGGACUUUGUCAAUCACACGUGGUGCAUUGUGAUUGUAGCGUCGUCAUGGCCGUAGGAGUGACUCCCAUUGGAAGACUAAUACUCUGCAGAUGAUGUAUACUUGUAGCAUGUAGCCUAGAUGGCUUCACUGUAAUGCUGAGCGAUGUCAAGCUUUUAGUGAGUUUUUCCUCACCAGGUGGUGCCUUAAAGUUCAUUGCAUCCUUAACAACCUGGUUGUUGUCUUGUGAAGGUCAAGGUCACCACCAGUUUUAUUUUAUGCCUUAAGGACGGUUACAAGCACUGCAGUGAGUAUAUAUACAGGGUAGUUGUUAGUGAAUGUUCUCAGUAUGUAACAUGGCACCUCUAUUUAUUAUUUUUUGUCAGGGAUAUUAUUUGGCUAAUUGCAAUUAUGGAUGCAUGUGAGCACAGAUGCUGCACGAGUGCUCUAACAUCAUGCAUAACAAUGCUUUACGAACGGGCAUUACAACAAGUGGUCAAUGAUGUUUUUCUGUGUGUUUUAGGAUAUUUAAUGUUAACGCUUUUAUUACCUUUGGAGAAAGUAGGUUAUUUUCAUGUCAUUAUGAUCUUGGAUAAAGUGCCAACAGUAUUUGCAACACAAAAUGGUUGAGAAAAGCUGACUCAUUAAAACCAGAAUCCCACAGCAAAUUUAGCCAGCCAAUAUAAACAUGAUGUAUUACAUGUACAAGUUUGCUAGACUAUCUAUUGGCAUACGUUUGUUAACGUGUUGUUUGUCUUGUGGUAUGAAGACUUUAUUUACUAACUUCGUUUGUUUUCCCAGUGGCUGAAGGGUUUUCUCUUCAUGUCAUAGAACCAGGUUAAAUUGCAUACGUGUACUGUUGUGAAACCCUUGCCAAGGUGUUGCUGCAAUAUUGUUAGAAGGACCACAUAAUCUCUCAUGCUCAUCUAAUGGUUAUGUGUUAUUUAUUGAGCUGCAAAGAAAGAGGAAACACCAACAGUAGUCAAUAUAUUGUGCAUUUGUACGUUACCUCUGCUCACUGGUAUGUCAUGAGUGUGACGAAACAGACUAUUGACUGUGAUAGUGUGUGUAUGCUGUACAAGAAUUGUAUUCAUAUGCAUUGAUACUCAGUCUUUUACAACCAGUUUUGAAAUCCAGAGAUGCCAACUGUUAGAUUGUGGGGGAAACAUCACACUAUUUUGAGCAGUAUGUCAAUACAAUGAAGUGAAAUGUGUUACAAAUUUUGUCCAAAAUCAUCACAUGUAGUUUAAUCUAGCUCUUGACCAUCCUAUGUCAUUGACACAUAGGUAUACAAACAGAUGACUCUUGAUUAAUAAUCAUUUGUGUUAGUUUGUGGGGACAAGGUUUACAAAUUUUCAGGAAUUUGGGAGAUGAAAUCUAAAGCGAAAGAUUACUUAUUUUCAGCAGAAUCAUGCAGUCAUACAUGCCAGUUACAAUUACUGAUUUAUUUUGAAAGUAAUUAUUUUAGAUGCCAAUUAUCACAUAUACAUGUAUUUCCAAUGCCCUCAACUUUAGUUGGUGUCUCUGUCAGCCAGAUCCACUGAUUUACAUCAGUAUUUGGGGACUGUUAUAAUGUCACAGGAUUUGUGAACACGUUCAAAUUCUGUUUUAUUUUGCCCUAAAUAACUGCAAAAUGUUCAAGUCUAUAUUUCCUGAUUCUGUUUUGUUACAAGAAAAUAAUAAGGUCGUCAAAACCAAAUGCAUGUAUCCAAGUCAUUCAACAGUGUCUGUAUUGUUCCACUGCCUCAUGUCGCGUGUCACCUAUUGGCGUCCCUCCUAUGGCUUGAUGAUUGCGCUGAUUGUUUUUACCUGCCUUGUGUUGUUGUCUGCAGCUGUGAAGCUCACCUGGACAUAUAGUCGCUACGUCUGUGAUGUUUGGUAUCAUGGGUUCCCGUUAUUAGUAGGCUUGUUAUGCAGGGAGGGCAAUAGCAGGUAGUAUCUCAAUAUCUACUGGCCUUGGCCACUUUAAACCAGCCGUUGUGAUUGGUCGAAUCCUGUUAUGACCCUCGCCAGUUAUCCUUUAACUGUCACCAUGGUUACCUCUAGUACCUGGAUCAGGCAGGUAAAAGUGCUUGUUCCAAAUUAAAAUAAGAGGGAUCCACUCUACAGUGGGACAACAUUAUAUUUCAAAACACAGUAGGUUUGUCUCCUAAACAUAUGAUGAGAGUUUUGAUAUCCAAAGGAAUAUCAUGUCUGCUUUAGGUUCUUGAACGAACCUAUUCUCCCCCUUGACUUAGGAAUAAGGAAUUCAGGAGGUUGUGUAAAUAGUUAAAUGGUUCCUACUCCAGAGUUAAGGGAUGGUUGAUAUUACUCGUAUGAUUCGAUCAUUAAAAAAAGAUCUUGGUUUAAUAAUGGAAUUUCUAGUUGAUUUACCUCCUCUGCUUUAGGAUCAGGAUAUAAUUAGUUAUAUUGAACCAGUUUGAUUUUUGUUUAUUCUGGAAGAUUUGUCAUGCGCCAUGUUUGGUUUGUGCAUGUUCCAAGAGGAUCAUUAUUCAAAUUAUGGGAUGGUAAUAUGCUCUUUAAGUAAUUUGAUAUAAAAAUUAUUUUUGUGCGUUAUGUUAUGAAUAAAUGCUGAUACGGUGAAACGCAUUUUCACUUUAUUAAUAGUCCGAUAAACUCAGACAAAUAUUUAUUUUUUGGUAACAGUGUGAAUUUCCCAUUGAUGCAGGUCAUGUUGACCAACAACAGCCAGUACUGCUGUACAGGUAUAGAAAAUAUGUGUUUCUGGUCUCCCCACCGCUGCCACCCUUGAAGUUCCACCAUAGCUUUCAUGGCCACUCCUGUACUGUCCAUAUUUUAUUCCACCCACGUUCAAUUGUUGCCCUACAUUACUGAUAAGACUCAAAAUCUACAUUUGAUAACAGUGUUACUGACCUACUGAAUCUUACCAUUUUCAAAGAAAAAGUAUAACAAAAACAAUAAUAUUCUGACCUAGCUAUCAUAUUUUGGAAUGGGUUGAAAUAGAUAUACAGUUUUGGUUUGGCCCAAAUAGGAGUUGGAUGACUUCCUGGAUCCUUGUGUUGUGUUGUGUGGUAGAGUGAUGUGAUGUGAUGAAAUCACUUCCUAAAUGCUUCUUGUAUUAUAUGAAUGUGAAUGUAUAGAGCAAAUCAUGAUUUUCAAAUGGGCGAAAAUUUGGAACAAUUAAAUUCCAUUUUUGUUGUUAUUUGCUUGUCAUAUAAAUAUAUAUAUUUUCAUGAGAAAAUAGUUUGUUAUUGCUACUUAUUUCUUUAAUGUACCACAGACUUCCUUUGAGGAUAGAUUUUUUUUUUUUUUUUUUUUUUUAAAAAGGCAUAAUGAUAUCUUUUCAUAUUGAAUAUUUAUGCUGAGGGGACUUGUUUGGAAAGGUGUUUAUACUGUAGGACUGAAAUGUUUUUUAUGAAGGUGAUCGAUAACAAAAGUGUCUUUGUGUUCUGAUAUAUUUCAUGGAUGAUCUAUUUUAAUGUUUCUCAUGGUAGGGUGUUCAUCACAAAUUACAAACAAGAUCUCAUUGUACUUCUGUGAAUGUAAAAUUGUAAAAUAUUUUUUAUCCUGAAGGAUUUAAUUGUACAUAUUUAAACAGCUGUUUUAGAUAUGGGGGCAUUUUCCGGUUUAUAUACAUAUACAUACAAAACCCGUGUCUUUUCAAAUCCUCCGUCUUUGACGUUUGACAUCCAUAGUCUGUAAACAAACCAGCGUGACCUUCACCUACUGAGCUCCCCAGUCAUCUCCACAGGCCUAUAUACACAACUUUUAGCAUUUGUUUGUAAACUUUUAGCAGAACAUGGGAUGAAUUGUUUCAGAUGUACACUUGUGUAUUUCAUUCUUUUAAUUUCGUUUUAUUCAUUGUGUAUGGCAACCAAAAGAAAUAAAGCCAUCAAUUGCUACAAA